AUACGAACAACCAAGCAAGAGGCUCAGUGUCGAUCGCAUACACAACUCUUCUACAUGGGUUCCCUCGACUUGCCUCCCACUUCAUCGUUCAAGGCAGGGAGUGAAACAUUUCUUCGGAAUGUAUUUGAGAAUAUACUCAAGACUUACCUGAAGAAGAACCAGACGGCAAAGACCAUAUGGGAACUUGUCCAGUCAAAGGACAAUGAGAAGGUCUCCUACGACCACUUCACUUUCCAGACAUUCAAGGUGGAGGGUUACGGAAUAGAUUCAUUGUCGAGUUUUUUCAUGGAUUAUGGAUACACAAUUGGAGAUGGACUUGAUUUUCCGAAGAAAAAACUACGAGUUCUCUCGUUUUCUCCUCCGGAUGUUCACGUCCCCGAUGAUGGUCAUGGCCUAGGAAACGGCCCUUUGCCACGACUCGUUAUUGCUGAGCUUCUUGUGGACGAUCUAAGUCCUGAAUCACAGGAGAUAAUAAAGAAGUAUUUAAAACCACAAGGUGGUACACAAGCCCUUCUUUCAACUGCUUUGGGGUCUUUAAUUUGGGAGAAACCUACAUGGACCGACUUCAACCAACUUGCCAAAGAAAGUGAAUUUGGGGCGUGGGUACUUAUCCACGGCUACACAAUGAACCAUCUUGCAUUUUCCGUACACCGAUUCAAACACAGUUUCAGUGACAUCAGAUGCAUCAAAGAGUAUCUUGAAGAAAAGGGAUUCGAACUCAACAAGGACGGAGGACUUCUCAAAGUGAGUCAAGAUGGCCUACUGUUACAAGUGUCGUCGAUCUCGGAAAGGAUUGCGGUUGAAUUUGCAGAUGGAGUAACUGAAACAGUUCCAGCUUCAUACAUUGAGUUCACUCAACGUCUAGUUCUCCCACAGUUUAAACAUUUGCCUCAUGAUCAGAUUAAAGAGGUCCAUAGACGUGAACACUUUGAUUUCGAGAACGCUAAAAACAUUUUGGAAAGUGCCCGUUUCACCUCUGAAGACUAAACUCAGUUUGGUCGUCCUAUCAUGUCUGAAAUAAAGCAAUGAAUAAGUAUAAGUUUUUACUAUAUUCAAUGUAUGUGCCAUUAUAUCAUAUGUGUGUGGAAACUUAUCUCAUGUGGAUUGAGGAUUACUUAAUAUAAGCUUUACAUAUACAUAGAAAAAUAAUAUCUUCCUCAUGAGUCAUGAUUUGUAACAUAUUACAUUUGUAAGAGAAAUUUUAAGUAAUUUACUCAAAAGGUUCUAUAA